AUGGAAUGGGUGACAGACAGCCUUCUCUUAUUCACAGUUCUUUAUUUCAGACCACCAGUUAGUAGGGCAUUGCCACAGCCAGAGAAGCUUCAGACAAAUAAUGUGGGGAAAAAAAAGAGACCUAUAGAGGAUCUAAUUUUGGAGCUGAUAUUUGGGUACAGAGGCAAGGACUGCAGGAACAAUGUGCACUAUUUGAAUGAUGGUGCUGAUGUAAUAUAUCAUACUGCAUCUAUUGGGAUCUUAUAUAAUGUGGCAACAGGCUCUCAGUCUUUUUACCAAGAACACAAUGAUGAUAUUUUGUGCCUCACUGUAAAUCAGCACCCCAAGUUUACCAACAUAGUGGCAACUGGCCAAGUAGGAGACUCAGCAGAUAUGUCAGCUACAGCCCCUUCUAUUCACGUGUGGGAUGCAAUGAACAAGCAGACUCUGUCGGUGCUGCGGUGCUACCAUUCAAAGGGCGUUUGCUCCGUCAGCUUCAGUGCCACUGGCAAACUGCUGCUCUCCGUAGGGCUGGAUCCUGAACACACCAUUACCAUUUGGAAGUGGCAGGAAGGUGCCAAAAUUGCGAGCCGAGCUGGUCAUAACCAGCGUAUAUUUGUAGCAGAAUUCAGACCAGAUUCAGAUACUCAGUUUGUUUCUGUGGGAGUAAAACAUGUGAGGUUCUGGACGCUGGCUGGAAGAGCUCUUCUCAGUAAAAAAGGGCUUCUGAGCUCCAUAGAAGAUGCCCGGAUGCAAACAAUGCUAUCUGUAGCCUUUGGAGCGAAUAACUUGACGUUUACAGGUACUAUCAGUGGAGAUGUCUGUGUUUGGAAGGAUCAUGUGUUGAUACGAAUUGUGGCCAAAGCUCACAAUGGACCUGUUUUCACCAUGUACACCACACUAAGAGACGGCUUGAUCGUUACAGGAGGCAAAGAAAGGCCGUCGAAGGAGGGAGGAGCAGUCAAGUUGUGGGACCAAGAGCUGAAACGGUGCCGUGCCUUCCGACUGGAGACGGGGCAGAUGACGGACUGCGUGCGCUCUGUUUGUAGGGGCAAGGGGAAAAUUCUCGUUGGGACAAGAAAUGCUGAAAUAAUCGAAGUUGGUGAGAAAAAUGCUGCAUGUAACAUUCUAAUUAAUGGUCAUAUGGAUGGACCAAUUUGGGGCCUAGCAACACAUCCUUCCAGAGAUUUUUUCCUUUCUGCUGCAGAAGAUGGCACAGUAAGACUCUGGGAUAUUGCUGAAAAGAAGAUGCUGAACAAAGUCAGCUUAGGACAUGCAGCUCGUACUGUUUGUUACAGUCCAGAAGGCGAUAUGGUUGCUAUUGGAAUGAAAAAUGGAGAAUUUAUUAUCUUGCUUGUGACCUCUCUAAAAAUUUGGGGGAAAAAAAGGGACAGAAGAUCAGCAAUUCAAGAUAUCAGGUUCAGCCCAGAUUCUCGUUAUUUGGCAGUCGGUUCCAGUGAAAACGCAGUGGAUUUUUAUGAUCUGACUUUGGGCCCCACACUAAAUCGAGUCAGCUAUUGCAAAGAUAUCCCAAGUUUUGUGAUCCAGAUGGACUUCUCUGCAGAUAGCUCUUAUCUCCAGGUCUCUACUGGGUCUUACAAAAGGCAAGUCUAUGAAGUGCCUUCAGGAAAACAGCUUGUGGACCAGUCCAUGAUAGACAGAAUAACAUGGGCUACUUGGACAAGCGUUCUGGGUGAUGAAGUCAUUGGAAUCUGGUCCAGGCAUGCUGAAAAAGCUGAUGUAAACUGUGCCUGUGUCUCUCACUCGGGAAUCAAUCUUGUAACAGGCGAUGAUUUUGGCAUGGUCAAACUGUUUGACUUUCCAUGUCCUGAAAAAUUUGCAAAACACAAACGGUUUUUAGGUCACUCUGCCCAUUUAACUAAUAUUCGAUUUACAAGUGGAGACAGAUAUGUGGUCAGUGCUGGAGGGGAUGACUGCAGCUUAUUUGUUUGGAAAUGUGUACAUAUGCCUCAUUGA